AUGUCUCUUCCAAAAUUUGGAUUUUCCAAACCAGAAAUAACAGCUCCCAAAAUUUCAGGAAAUCUCAAUUUACCAUCAGUGGAUAUUGCUGUAACAAAACCAGAUGCUGACAUCAAUGUUCCAGAUCUCAGUGCAGAUGUGACCUCAGUUGGUGUGAAACUCCCAGAAGCAGACCUAGCAGUAUCAGGAAAACCACCUGCAGUAGACAUCAAAGGCUACAGUAUGGAUGUAGAAGCUCCUGAGGUAGACAUUGACAUGAAAGUUAAAGGCACUGAGCUAGAAGGACAAGGAAGUAAAUUCAAGCUACCAAAAUUUGGAAUUUCACUUCCAAAAGGAAAGGCACCUGCAAUGGAUAUUACUCUGUCAAAGCCAGAUGUUGAUAUCUCACUGCCGCAGGUGACAGCUGAAGCAAAAUUACCUGGUGUUGAAGUCGAGGGACCAUCAGUGGAAGGGACAGUAGAUAUACCAGAGGUGGAUUCUAAAGGUGUUGAUAUAAAACUAAAAAAACCAAAGAUGUCAUUUCCAAAGUUUGGAUUUUCAAAACAAGAUGCUACAGCCCCUGAGAUUGAUAUCAGUCUUCCAAAGGGAGACAUCUCCCUUGCAGGAGGAAGUAUCGAAGUCAAAGAGCCAGGGAUGGACAUUAAGGCUCCAGAUGUAGGUGAAAAAGAUUCAGGCAUCAAGGGAUCUCCCAGCAAAUUCAAAGUUCCCACAUUCAAAUUGCCUAAAUUUGGAAUUACUGCUCCAAAGGUUAAGGCAGAAGCUCCUGAUCUGAGUGUUAAUGUUACGGUGCCUGAUACUGAAACUCCAUCAGGCAAAGCAAUUAUUGACCAUGAAGGAACAGUCAUGGAGACUGGAAAGACAGAGGGCAAAUUUGAGCUUCCAAAAAUGAAGAUUCCAAAUAUUGAUGUUAAAGUUCCCACUUUAAAAGGACAAGAUAUGUCUCAGGAAAUUCCUAAAGCCGAAUAUGAAAUAUCUGGGCCAGACACAGUUAAAGUUGAUCUUAAAGGAUCAUCGCUUGAUGGACAAGCUAAAAUUCCAGAUAUUGAGGCAGGGGCAGGUGACCAAGGAAGAUUCAAGAUGCCUCAUAUUAAAUUCCCUUCAUUUGGAUUUUCCAAACCAGAAAUUACAGCUCCCAAAAUUUCAGGAAAUCUCAAUUUACCAUCAGUGGAUAUUGCUGUAACAAAACCAGAUGCUGACAUCAAUGUUUCAGACAUCAGUGCAGAUGUAACCUCAGUUGGUGUGAAACUCCCAGAAGCAGACCAAGCAGUAUCAGGAAAACCACCUGCAGUAGACAUGAAAGACUACAGUAUGGAUGUACAAGCUCCUGAUGUAGACAUUGGCACGGAAGGUAAAAGCAUUGAGCUAGAAGGACAAGGAAGUAGAUUCAAGCUGCCAAAAUUUGGAAUUACAUUUCAGAAAGCAAAGGGACCUGCUGUAGAUGUUAGUGUGUCAAAGCCAGAUGUUGAUAUUUCACUGCCACAAGUGACAGCUGAAGCAAAAUUACCUGGUGUUGAAGUUGAGGGACCAUCAGUGGAAGCGACCGUAGAUAUGCCAGCGCUGGAUUCUAAAGAAGUUGAUGUGAAACUGAAGAAACCAAAGAUAUCUCUUCCAAAGUUUGGAUUCUCAAAACCAGAUAUUAAGGCCCCUGAGAUUGACGUCAGUCUUCCAAAGCAAGACAUCUGCCUUGCAGAAGGAAGCAUGGAGGUAAAAGGACCAGAAGUAGACAUUAAAGCUGCAGACACUUCAACUGAAAUAAAAGAUAAAAACAUGGACAUUGUUGGCUCACCCACCAAAUUCAAACUGCCCACAAUUAAGUUCCCUAAAUUUGGGAUUUCAGCUCCAAAGGUCACAACAGAAAGCCCUGAUAUCAAAACAGACAUAAAAUUGCCUGAAAUGGAGGCAUCUGAGAAAGCAAAGGUGGAUAUUGGAGCACCCAGUGUUGACAUUGAUGGGUCAAGUGUAGAGCUGAAUAAACCCAAAGGUCAAUUUGAACCAUCAAAAAUAAAGAUGCCAGACAUUGAUGUAUCCCUACCAAAAGGUAAAGACUAUAUUAAGACCCCCGACAUUGAUAUAAACCUUCCAGAAGUAGAUAUGUCUCUACCUGAGUGUAAAGUAGAUGUUAAAGGAUCAGACGUAGCCAUUAAAACACAGGAUACGGAAGCUAAUGUUGAUGCUCACAUUGGGGGAUCUCCCAGCAAAUUCAAACUGCCCACUUUUAAAAUGCCCAAAUUUGGCAUGACAGGUUCAAAAGUAAAAACUGAAAUUCCAGAGGUAACUGCUGAAUCUACAGAACCUGCGUUGUCAGGCAAAGUAAAUGUUAAGCAUGAUGGACAAGGCAUGGACAUUGAAAAGCCAGAAGGCAAAUUUGAAUUGCCAAAAGUGAAGAUGCCAGAUAUCAGUUUUUCACUACCAAAAACUAAAGGAAUAGAAAUUAACCAGGAAAUUCCUAAACCAGAAUCUAAUAUAUCUGUGCCAGAAACAGACACUGUUCUUAAAGAGCCAAAAUUAGAACUUAAAGGAAUGCAUAUUGAUGGACAAGCUGAAAUUCCAGGUAUCGAGGCAGGAGUAGAAGAACUAGGAAAAUUCAAAAUGCCUCAUAUUAAAAUGCCUUCUUUUGGAUUUUCCAGACCUGAAACUACAGGUUCUAAAAUUUCAGGAGAUGUACAUUUACCAUCAGUUGAUAUUGCUAUAACAAAACCGGACACUGAAAUUAAUGUUCCACACAUCAGUGCAGGUGUAACUUCAGUGGGUGGCAAACAUCCAGAACCAGAGCUAACUAUGUCAGGAGAGACACCUGCAGCAAACAUCAAAGACUACAGUGUUGCUGUUGAAGGUCCUGAGGUAGACAUUGACAUGAAAGCUAAAGACACUGAGCUAGAAGGACAAGGAAGUAAAUUCAAGCUACCAAAAUUUGGAAUUUCAUUCCCUAAAACAAAGGGGCCAGCAGUGGAUAUUAGUGUAUCAAAGCCAGAAGUUGAUAUCUCACUACCAGAGGUACCAGCAGAAGCCAAAUUACCUGGUGUUGAAGUUGAGGGACCAUCAGUGGAAGGAACAGUAGAUAUACCAGAGGUGGAUUCCAAAGGAGUUGAUGCAAAAGUAAAGAAACCAAAGAUAUCUUUUUCCAAGUUUGGAUUUUCAAAACCAGAAGUCCAGGCUCCUGAGCCUGAGGUCAGUCUGCCAGAAGAAAGUUUGGUGGUUAAAGGGCCCGAGGUGGACAUUAAAGCUCCAGAAACUCAAAUAGAAAUAAAAGAUAAAAACAAGGACAUUAUUAGCUCACCAACAAAAUUCAAACUACCCACAAUUAAGUUCCCUAAAUUUGGGGUUUCAGGUCCUAAGGUCUUGGCAGAACCAUCUAAUGCCAAAACUGACAUCACAGUGCCUGAAUUUGAGACUUCAUCAGGGCAAUUAAAGGUCGAUAUAGGAGCAACUGGUUUUGACAUGGAAAAGUCAAGCGUAGAUCUGGAUAAAACAAAAGGUAAAACUGAAAUUGAGAUUCAAGGCAUUGAUGUUUCGGACAUAAAAGCAGCUGAACCUGAGGGACAAGGAAGUAGAUUUAAGCUCCCCAAAUUAGGAAUUUCAUUUCAAAAAGUAAAAGGACCUGGAGUGGAUAUUAGUGAAUCAAAGGCAGAAGUUGACAUCUCAUCACCAGGGGUGACGGUUGAAGCCCAGUUGCCCAGUGUUGAAUUAGAGGGACCAUCAAUAGAAGGGAGAGUAGAUGUACCAGAGGUGGAAUCUAAAGAAGUUGACUUGAAAUUGAAGAAGCCAAGGAUAUCUUUCCCAAAGUUUGGAUUUUCUAAACCAGAUAUUAAGGCCCCUGAAAUUGAUGUCAAUCUCCCAAAGGGAGACAUCUCCCUAACAGAAGGAAGUGUGGAGGUGAAAGGGCCAGAGGUCAAUAUUAAGGCUCCUGAUACUCAAACUGAAUUAAAAGAUAAAAAUAUGGACAUUAUUGGCUCUCCAACAAAAUUUAAACUUCCCACAUUUAAGUUCCCUACAUUUAGUGUUGUAGCUCCAAAGAGUAAAGUUGAAGCCCAAGAAGUAAGUGCUGACAUCACAGUACCUGAGAUAAAGGCUCCACUAGUGAAAGCAGAGGUGGAUGUUGGAGCUCCUGUUUUAGAAACUGAUAUCCUAAGCAUUGAGAUUGAAAAGUCUGAAGGUACAGGAAAGUUGCCAAAAUUGAAGAUGACUAGCAUUGAUAUGUCACUUCCUAAAGGACAGGGAUCUGAAAGCAAGCCAGAGGAUGAAAUGUCUGCUGUGCGAACUGAAGGAAAAAUUGAUGUGUCGGAGUUGGAAGCCACAGGUACAGCACUUGAAGCCAAAGUUGACAUUUCUGAUCCUGAGCCUCCUAAGCCUGAAGUAGAUAUCAGAGGCUCACCAAGUAAAUUCAAACUCCCAACUUUCAAAAUGCCUAAAUUUGGAUUUUCUUCAGCAAAGGUAAAAACAAAAGACACAGAUAUAGAUACUGGCCUUAAAACUCCCGAAGUCCCUUUUAAAGGAGCAACAAAAGAAAUACAGGAAUCAAUUGAUGAUGGAACCUCUAAUAUCACUGAAACAGAUAAAAAGACUGGAGAUGCUGAGGGACAAACAAAAUCAUCCAAAUUUAGUUUGUCAAAUGUAUUCAGGGGCUUUGAUCUAGAAUUCCAUGUCCCCACAUUAGAGGAAGUGGAAGAGACUCUGGUAUCUCCAAGGGAAGAUGUUGCUCAUUCUGGAGAAAUAGAACAGAGCACUCACACAAGUGCCGAAAAAGAUUCUACCAUCAAAUAUCAAAGCCAUACAGAUCCAAGUCAGACUCAGCUUAGUACCUCUCAUGGUGCUGAAGUGUCUGUUCAGGCUCCCACUAUAACCAAAGAAGCAGAGGCCAAAGAACAGUCAAAGUUUAAGUUUCGAUUUCCCAGGCUAGGAUUCACUGAGUCUUCAGAGCAAGGUGAUAAGACUGAAAGCAUCAACAUGAAUGUUGAAGAAAAGGAAAAGUCACUAGAGCCUCAAGAAGAAAAAGAAAAGGAAGAUAUGAAUGAAAAAGAAGCAAAUACUGACAAAGGCACCUGGUUUAAAUUUCCCAAGUUCGGAAUUACCUCGCCUUCUAAAACCAUCAAAGUUCCAGAGAAAGGUACAAGUCAACCAACCGAGGGCACUGACAAGAAUAUGGAAGGUGACAUUGAGGAAGGGGAUGUUAGUUUGACCUCUGUGAGAUCAUCAGAUGCCUUUGCUGAUAUCAGUUCCACGGUGACAAGUGAACAACCUGGCCCUUUGGUUGUGUCCCCAACAAAAGUUAAAGUGAAGAUCUCAGAACCUACUGCUAUUGUGGGUGUCAGUGAGGUUAAAGUGCCCACUGACAUCAUUACCUCUACAGCGCGGACUGAGCUUAUUCUUUUGGAACCUCACUUACCUGGACAGGUUGACACGGUCACUAUUCCUGUCUCAUCUGAGGCCACUCUGACAUCUCCUGAUGAGAAAACACAGGAGACAGAAGGAGACAUACAUGUCGUAACAUCAAACAUACAAGCGACUCCAAGCAGUGAACAUGCUAAGGUAAUCACAAAAUAUGAAACUCACUCAGUUCAAGCUUUGUCCCUGCAGAAGAUGACAGUAAAAGUAGGAUCUGCAUCUUGGACUGUUGAGGAAUCUGGAGAAUGGCCUGGUGAAUCCUCUGAAGAGAACAUAUUGGUGGAGAAGCACAUGGUGAAAGAGAAAUCAGGUGACGACAAAGAAGCCGUCAUCAUAACCCAAAGAGUUAGGCAGAUUGUUGGCGCAAGCUCUGGGGAACCCAUCUUGGAAGACACAGCCUCUGCCAUAAAAAAACUCAGAGACACAAUGCAUUCUGAAAAAAUGAAGUUUUUUGAAGAUGCAGAAACAUCUACAGUGACUGUCAGCACUCAUAAGAUUGAAAAACAUGGGUUUGAAACCUCCACCGAAAAGAAAUGAGUGUGAGGUGAACUAAGUUGUUAGUGUACAGCCAUCUUACAUUUAUAGCAUACUGUUCUCAAUUAUUUGAUCUUUUUUAUGUUCAGUUACGCACUUAUACCUGCUACUAGAUUUGAGAGCUUUAUAAUACACAGUAUGAAAGUUGCUUGUAUCACUAAUUCAUACACAGCUAUGUACAUGCAUUUGUUUGAUUAGUAACAGAGAACAUAAAUAAUUUACAAAUCCACUGCCAAAUUAUCAGUAGAAUAUGCAAGCAGGUCAAUAUUAGUUAUCUAUGAAGAAAGCACUUUCUGUAUUUCUAUUUUUUGUAUAGGCACUUUGGGGAAAACAAAUUAUCAAUUAUUUUUUAUGUUUAUUAUUUAAGCUUAAACUUCUAUUAUUAAGAACUCACAAUGAUAUGAAAACUAACAUGUUAUAUCACAAUAUACAUUGUACAAUUAUUUAAAAAGCAGCGUGGUUAUUUAAUUGCUGAAGGUGUUGCCUUGUUUGAUGGUUUUAAAGCCCAAAACAAAUACAAUGGGACACAGUAGCUUAUGCUUGCAAUUAUAUGGACUACGUAAAAAUAAAACUAACAACAAAAAAAUCAUAACAUUAAUGUUGAUAAUACUCUGCUAUGUCAAAAGUGUGAAAAUAUAUGGUGUAAAUAUAUUUUGUUUCAUUAAUCUUUUUAGUUUUGGCUCCAACUGUUUGUUCUGUCUCUCUGUCUUGCCCCUGUCUGAUGUAAUCAGUGCAAUUACAAUAUAAUAUAUAAUAAAUAAAUUUAAAAAGAAGAAAAACAUUAAGUGAAUUUUA